ACAAAGAAAACAGAAAUCGGACACCGCACUCUCCAUGGAUUCCUGGAUGAGCAAGAGACGCCGCUGGCCUUGGGCCCAAGGGUCUUGAUCUUCAAGACUCUUGCUAUGAAUCAGCAAUCCGUUACUUUUGCACCACAAUUGAGUCCGAACUCUUGGGCCUCCAGCAAAAUUAUAACGACAUUUGGCACAGUUGGCAUGUCAUGAUAUCGAACAUAUACAUAUACAUAUAGAAACAGAGUUGUCACAUUGAAAAUCUAGAAUUAUUGGUAUUGGCCCAGUCAUAAAACACCAUUUUGCAAGCGCAUCUAGCAGCGUGGCUGAAGUUACCGAGGGACCAUGGUAGACAGGUUCUUCCUGGCAAGGCCAAGUGAUGUCCACCAGCAAGAAUCUGACUCAAUUACACUUCUCUCGGGACCCCCCUCCUGUGGGAAGACUUCGUUGCUAUUCCAGUUUGCAAUCAACUCAGCGUUAGAGUGCAGCUCUAGCAAUCGUAAAGUGGUUUUUAUAUGUAACCGGCGAAGGCUAGAAAACAAGCCCCCUUAUUUGUACCAGGGCAUUGAUCCAUCCUAUGAUGUCUUUCAGCGAAUAAAAAUGAAAUAUGCUGAUGAUGACGAUGGGAUCAAGAAGUACUUCGCUGCAUUUCACCUUCACGACACGUUUCCAGCUGCAGUUAUCGUUGAUGAUUUUGGAAAUUUCUUCGAAGAAAGGAGCUGUCAAGAGAGAUAUGGUAAUCCUCGUGGAAGAGACUUGGCAAUGGUUCGGACUCUAGCUUUGUGUCAAAAUGCAAUAACCCAUGCAUGUAAAAAAGGGCCUUGCAAGCUUUUACUAUCUGAUACGCACCAUGGGGACUCUCCAAGGUUGCUAUUUAUCUACAAGAGAUGGAUUUCCGCCAUUUUUACAGUCAAAGGUGAUGGUGCCGGAUCAUUUCUAUUGAAAUAUAACAAGUAUCCAGGAAAUGGCAGUUCUAUGAGCAAAAGAAUAGCAAAGUACUCCAUAGCGUUCCAGUAUUUGUUUUUGGAGGAGAUCACUGAGGAUGGUGAUGAUGAACAGUAGUAAUGUUACCAAACUUCA